AACGUCCGGGAUCCUUCCGACCUCUGCAGCUUCUCCUUCCGGUUUCUGGAGCUCAGCAGGAAGCUUCAUGCGUCAGGACAAGAGAUUCUCAUGUUUCCACUUCAUUAUUAAUGCACUCGAGGGUGAAACUGCGCAUGUCCGCUUUCUGUGCGUCCUCGCGCGCUGCGGACAUGACGUCCCGCUGCUCUGGUCUCACCUGCAGCUUCUGGACCAGCAUCUCCUCUGACUGACCGCAGCGUGGGGAGCAACAGCCAAUCAGCUUCCAGAUAGCCUCUCAAACACGCCCCCUGCACGCACGCGCGCGCGCAGACACGCUCCCGCCUCCUCUGUAAUCCUCCGUCCUCUCCAGGCAUCAUGGCGGAAAUUAAAACGGGAAUCUUUGCGAAGAACGUUCAGAAACGGCUGAACCGGGCCCAGGAGAAGGUUUUGCAGAAACUGGGAAAAGCAGAUGAGACCAAAGAUGAGCAGUUUGAACAAGUGGUGAUAAACUUCAAGAGACAAGAGUCUGAAGGCGCUCGGCUGCAGAGGGAGAUGAAGUCCUACAUGUCUGCCAUCAAAGGGAUGCAACAGGCGUCCAUCAACCUGACUCAGUCUCUGCAUGAAGUCUACGAACCGGACUGGCACGGCAAAGAUGACAUCGUGACCAUUGGGAAGGACUGUGACGCGCUGUGGGAAGAUUUCCACAACAAACUGGUUGACUCAACUCUGCUAAACCUGGACGGAUACCUGCAGCAGUUCCCUGACCUGAAGAUGCGUGUUGCCAAAAGAAGUCGGAAACUCAUCGAUUAUGACAGCGCUCGGCAUCAGCUGGAGGCCUUGCAGGUGCCUGGGAUGAAGAACGACAGGAAGGUGAUGAAGGCAGAAGAUGAGCUUAAAAAGGCUCAGAAAGUUUUCGAUGAGCUGAACGUCGGCCUUCAGGAUGAGCUGCCGACUCUCUGGGAUCGCCGAGUCGGUUUCUACAUCAGCACCUUCAGGUGUGUCACCAGUCUGGAGGCCAAGUUUCACCGAGAAAUCUCACUGGUGUGCAGGGAGCUGUAUGAAGUCAUGACGAAGCUAGGGGAGCAACACUCUGACAAGAUCUUCACCAUCCAAGGAGCUCCGAGUGAUUCUGGACCGCUGCGCCUCGCCAGAACCCCGUCACCACCGGAAGACGAGACUCCCCCAGAGAGCCCAGAUGCCAGCUCCAAUCACAUGCUCCGCCCAGUUUCACCUGGUCCACCCCGGCCAAAAUCCCCAAUUCAGUUUAAAAAGGGUCCACCGGUUCCUCCACCUCCUAAAGUCACACCCACUAAAGAAGUGGCAGAAGAGCAAAUCAUUGACUUGUUUGGAGGAGAAUUUUUACCUGCUCCUUCACCUUCUCAGCCAAAUGAACGACCAGGAGAGUCUCUUCUUGACAUGGACUUUGAUGCUUUCCAGCCGGAUGAAAGUGUUUCACCGAUUCCUCAGACGGCUGUACCGUGGGACAUGUGGUCGGGAAAUGCCCAACCUACUCAGCCUGCUGCCGAUGCUGGAUUUGUUGCUGACUGGUCUGCAGACUUUGGUUCGAUGUCAGCAAAUGGAGAUGUUGCUUUGGCUACAGUCCCGGUUGCUUCAGGAACUCUGGCUGACAUGCCAGAGGGGGAGCAGGUCGGUGUUCAGGGCGGAGCUGAGUGCUGGCCCCAGGCGGAAAGCUCACUACCAGGUGGAGACACAACUGCUGUCCAGGACAGUGAGCCCAGAGACCAGGGAGAUGAGGAUGCUGCUGCUCCAUCAUUUUUUACAGAUUUCGAUAAGAUGAAUGAGAGUGAAACAACAGAAGAAGGUCCUGCAGCAUCCCUGAAACAAACAGACAAUGAAUUAAAAGAGGCUACAGCGCCCCCUGCUGGAGAACAGUGUGCGAGUCCAUCUCUUCUUGCUGAUGACGAAUUUGAACAGCAGCCUCUGGAAUCAAAAGUGGAGGAAGCUCCAGCUCCCCCUGCUGGUAAAGCCCAAGAACAUGAGGCUCCUACUGAUGAUGAAGAGGACGACAAACCUUCAGAGAAUCAGCAGGAGGAAGAGCCAGCUACUAAAGCUGGAAGUCCGGAGAAGCCAGAGCCUGCUGAGGUUUGUUAAGUCAAUUACUUUUUAUAUUUCUUGUUAAAUUUUCACUAAUUAGUCUUUUCAACAUUUCCUGCUCAAUUUAAUUCUACUUAUUUAUCACAACAAAUGUCUUCUCAAGGCCCUUUAUAAAGCAAAGAUUGUUUCAAUUCAACCACACUUGCAUUACAUUUGACCCCAGUUAUCAAACAGUGCAGGAUGCUCAAUGAAUUAUUCAAAGUAGAUUAAAAAAUUUCUGUCUAACUAAACCCAGCAGAUUACAUUGAGUUGUUGACUUGCAGCACGACUGCUACUGACCAGCAGGGGGCAACAAUCGCUUGCAUUGGUUGACAUUACAGCAAUGCUCAUGCCAGGCAUGGCAUAAACAUGAAUACGUAGACGCCUCAUAGAGCGGGUCCCCCAUUGGUGCUAUACGUCACAGUGUCCGCCAUAUUGAAUAGGGCGCAUCUGCCAGUAAUAAUAAAGCACCAUGCUACAAAGUAUAUUAAGCUAAUGCCUGUCAUUGUCACAUUCUCUCUCUCUCUCUCUCACACACACAGUCUAGUAUAUUUGGGAAUCAAAUAUAAAGACAACAUUUUUAACGUUUUGAUGUGAUUAAUUGUUUUUUAGUUUUCUGAAUAAAGAGCACAAUGUUUGCAUUUGAUACCACUGAUUCUGAUAAGUUCUUUUUAUAUUCCCAGAUAGCAAAAUAUGAGUGAAUCAACAUUGAAAUAUGGUUAGGCAGAAAUAUUGAAGCCUUACAUUGAAACGAUAUUGAAAGCUGUCGGUGACUCACAUGUUGAAUCAAUGUUUCAACCAUAACUGACAAUAUAUCAAUGUUGAUUCAACAUUGAUAUCAUCUGAAUGUGGAUCUAAAUACACAUUUGGGUUGACUUUAUAUUGAAUCAAAGUUAAGGAAUCAAUAUUGAUUGAUGUCCAUUUUUUGGUCUGAUAGGUAUACAUCAUAACGUACCGCAACAUGGCAAUAACAUUACAUUUUAUUUAGGAAAACAGGCAUAGAUCUGUAAACAUAUUUGACUCCUUUUGGAGUGUCAGAACAACAGUCUAUUGUCCAUGAAGAACAUCGUCCACAAGGUUCAGCUUUUAUACUGAAUGUACAGGAAACUUGUGCUGCUUCCCUGUAUGAACCAGGGAAGCAGCACAAGUUGGGUUAACCCAGGUCUGACUGGUUGGCGUCUCUUUGGUUGCUUGAUGCCUUCCUCCUGUUCUGGUGUGUAAUGAAGCCACUUCUUGACAGUUUCCUUGUCAGUCAGCUUUGUGUCAAACCGCUGAGCAGCAGCUGAAAAACCAAAAGAUAAGAGGAAGGAAGGAGGACAAUAAAAAACAUUUGAGAAGUUUUGCAACACAUAGUGUAAAAAGGGAGAAGUGGACCACUCCACUGCUGGUAGUGACUACAUGUUUGUGUCUCAACACAUUAUGCACAAACAGUAAUAUUUACAGAUAAGUAAGAAAAUGUACAGAAAGGAAUUACAAUCCACUGUCCUCAACUUAUAGAGCUGAAUUUAACCUGAUCAACAGAGUUGUAGUCAAGACCACCU